AUGAGCACGCCAGAGCAAAAUACCAACUUGGACGAAGAAGAAACUUCUACAGCAACUGUCGAGGAAUUGGAAUUCAUUCUUGUCUCCACACGAAACCUCAGAGAGAGACAGAAUCAGGUUUGGGGACCUCCAAGUGGAAUGGACAUAUCAUUUGGAUCGCAGAGCAACGCGUCGACGGACCCAUCAUCCAGUCAGCGUGAAAAUGUAAUGCAGCUAACGCAAGCACAGGAUAGCGACGGUACGGACGACACACAUUUUUCUUUUCCUGGUACAGAUACUUCGAUGUCUGAGGGGCUCGAUGACGAUACAACUAGAACCACUUGGAUCAGUGGAAACAGGGCCAGUGCAGAAGACGACACAUCUAGAUCCAGCUCUCCAAACACAUCCACCAGAAGUGCAGAUGAUCCUGGGGCGGCAAAAGACGAAUAUCUUGGCUAUUUUACGCAGGCACGACGGGCCGCCAUGAUGAGGCAGAUGCAAGAAGAUAUGGGCCGCUACGAUGCCCGAAGAGAACGAGAUUUUGGACUAGGUGCGCGCGACCCGAGGGCUUUAACGCAACUACGAAUACCGAAAAGGGAUCGCCCAGAUUCAGCGCAAGGGAGAGACUCUACUCGAAAUGUCCGCCGAAGGAGAAACGCUAUAGUUCCCGCUGGGCCUAUUGUCGGUAGGUCAAGGCUCAGAGAUCCGUCCAGACUCAGACAGCUAAAAAAUCCCGAAGACACGCACCAAGAUCUAGGUGUUCCGCCUAGACCGACGGAUCCCUUAAGAGUGAACAGUGCAGAUUACACAUACCGAUUUUUAGAAUAUCUUCAUGCAGGUGGCACCCCGUCCCAAGAAUCACCACCUCCAUCCGGCACUGGAGAUAUCUUCACAGAUCAUCACGCUCGGUUCAGUUUAUUGAACGAGAUAAGCGACUUACACCCCGAAGAUGAUGAGAUCGGAACAUACCUCGUGACGAGUGACACUUUGGCACUAGUCUUUCAGACCAUUUUGCGAAUUGCAGUAUACGAUGGUCUCAAUCGAAGAGAAGCAACUGCUUUCAUCAAUGAAUGGACUUGUUUCAUUCGUAACUGGGGAGAUAUAGUUCCUUAUGUUCCUGGCUCCCUACACCCUCGAUACAUGAUGUUCUGGGCUGCGUUACGACGAGGGUGGGCACAUUGGAUACCAAGUCGAAGAUGUAGAAAGGAGAUCCGAUACAUCCUGCGCCGCAAAACUCGAAUCUGUCACCAGUUUCCGUUAGCUAACGAUCAACCACUGACAUGGGAUGUGCGUCGAAAUUUUCGACGAUCAGUCAUCUACCAAAGUGGUCUCCCUGAGCCCGAGCUGCACCGUUUGGAUCCUCUGUUCCAUGACGAACAAAGCUCCUUGAAUCGGAUGACUUUGGUGUUCGAGAACUGGACCGCGAUUUCUGAACACGUCGAGGCAGGGCGAUUGCCGAGCGAAGCCAGCUUCACGUCGCAAGAACUUCGAAUGGAUCGACUGGAACGACUGAUCAGAGAAGAACGAUUAGUGAAUGAUGGGAUGGAAAGGGUGGACGAGGAAGCAGAUGUAGAGGAUGAUGAGGACGAUGACCUGUAUUUUGCAGGCGUGCAUAGGGACGAGGAUCUUUCUUCUGAGGUGGAUGAAAAUGAAGAUGGUGAAUACUCGUAUUUAGCUUCGGAUGACGACGAUAGCGUUGACGACGACGAACGGUUUGCUGAUGCGGAUGAAGACGAAGAUGUUACAUUCGUUCGCGGUCCGAACAGUACACGGUGGGCUUAG